CACACGGCUUCAUGUGUUUACGUGAACACGGUGUCUAUUUAUGUAUGUAUUUAUGUAUGUAUUUAUGUAUUUCUGGGCUGCACGUCCGUCCGUCUCAAACCGAGCCCAGACCGCGACGGGUUAAAUUCUGCAGUUUUUUGGUUUGACGUCUCUGUCCCGGCCGGAGGAGACUGAUGACACCGAGCUGAGGGGACACUUUCUCAGCAGCGGCUUCGUUUUCAAAUCUGGAGGAAAGACAAAAAAAAAAAAGAAAAAACCUUUUACUGAAGAAUCUGUGCGUUUUCAAAAUAAGGAGAAUCUUCAUUGUCAGUGGCGGAGCUGAGGGUGGCAGCAGCAGCAGCAGCAGCAGCGGCGGCCGCGGCCACCACCCAGACCCCCCCACUCUGUCAGGAUGGUGGCAGCGGUGCUGAUCGCCCUCGGUCUCCUGGUCAACCCAGUCCUCCCUGCUCCUGUUAAAGUGGACGAAGACUCCAUCACUUUGUUCCACGGGGAGGACCUCCACAUCAUGCUCCCGACGCUCAGGUCAGAGGUCACCUUCCAGAACCGAUCUGCCCCGCGGUCCGCUGACGUGGUCUUGAUGCGCGGCGGUCUGGUGAUCCACAACCGGACCAAGCUCAACCGCCACCUCAGCCACCUGAUCGUAGACGCCGUGGGCGAGGAGGACGAGGGCGUGUACACGGUGACCAAUCCAGAGAGUCCAGAGGAGGCCCGGCGGAUCCGGCUGAUCGUCCGAGACUGCACCAACGAGCAGAUUGUCAAAUAUGGAGACAACUUCUACAUCCCAUUGUUGGGCGUGACUCCUCCCAUCAUCCUGGAGUACAGGCCUAGUGCUGUGGAGGCGAACCAGACGUCCAGACCAGCUCUGGUCCUGCUGACCAGCACUGGGAUGUCCAGAGAGGGUUACGAGGGUCGCAUCAGCGCCAACGAGCGCCACGUGAAACUCAGCGCUGUCACCGGGGCAGACGAGGGAAGCUACACCGUCAGAGACGCCGAAGGUGUGAUUCAGAGGAAAUUCUGUCUGAACGUCAGAGAGCGACAGAACUUUGUGAUCCUACCGUACGGUAAGAAACUGAAGAUCAACCUGGUCCUGAACAGCACCUUGGUGCGGCUGUACUACACCCCCGACUCUGAAACACCGCCUCAGCUUCUGCUGGACAGAGGAGAAUUCACCAGUGCUGUGGAGCAGCUGGGUUUUCAGGACCGUAUGUCCAUGGAGGGUUCACUGGUUUUCCUGGACCAGGUGACGGGCGCUGAUAAAGGCUCCUUCAAAGUUAUUGACAUUCUGGGAUUUCCUGUGGCCACCUUCAACCUGGAAGUACAAGCCUACAAGCUGGAGGCCCUGUACGUGGCCAUCAUUGCUCUGCUGGGGUUCCUGGCGUUCCUCCUGCUGCUCUGUCUGUUGUCUUGUCUGAUCAAAGUCAAGAGGAGGUCCAAGAGAGCGGCCGCGCUGGAGAAGAUCGCUCAGAACGCCGGCAAAGAGGACGAAGGAGAGGCCUUCAGACAGGUGGUAAAGAACAUCACCAAACUCAGUGAGGACUCCAAACAUUCCCAGGCAGAAAACACGGAGAAGUCCCAGAGCACGGAGGUAGACAUUAAAGGUCUGGAGGUUUCUUCUAAAGAGGUUGGAAUUGGAAACUUAGACACCAGUGACUCUGGCGUUGGCUUUAACACUGCCCUCCCACUGGACACUGACACCGAGGCCCCCGAUCAAAUCCCUGACUCUGAGUCCAUUAGCAUCUCUGUAGCUGCUGAUCCCAAACCAUCUGCUGCUGAGUCCAAGCCAAGUGCGCCACCUGCUGAGGAGCCCAGUCCAGCACCUGAACCUAAAGCCAGUCCCACACCUGAGAAGAACGUCAUCAACGAUCAGCCAGUGGAAGCAAAGUCGGACGUGUCCAAACAAGAAGUUAGUCUUAGCCCAGCUUUGAGUUCACAGCCCAAACCUGUACCAAGUCUGAGUCCAGAGUCUAAAGAACCGAAAUCACCGACACCUGAGAGCAAGAGCGUCCUGACGCCUACACCCGAGCCCCCGAAACCCACCACUCCAGAACCCAUCACUAACGGAGCUCCUGAGCCCAGUCUGGAUGCUAAACCAAGCCCCGAUCACGCUGAUGUCAUCCAAGACUCGGGUCCAAAGGCUGGUCCUCCUAAGACCCCUGAAGUGGAGCUGAAGUCCAGCGGCGCCGUGAUAGGGGGCAGCAAAGACGACGCGGUGGCUGAGGACUCGGCCACCACCUGAGAAACUGCCCACAGGCCCACAGAUCUGCCCCCCCCCCACACACACACCCCCACCACCACUGUAGACAAUCUAACAACCCCGACCAAAAAUGAGGAAACCACUGAAACUCUGGUCUGGUUUAAAAACGUCCAACGCCUGAACACAAACCACCGUAACAGAUCACGCAGACUCUCCACACGUAGCUCGUCGCUAACAAUUACACACAGAUCUCUUUGUGGUAACAAUUAAAACUGCCAGGAUUAAAACCAUAACCUUUGCUGAGUUUACAACGAAACCAUUAGUUACACGUAAGGUGAAAACUAACCAACGUUUACACGACGACCAGAACAGGUUCAACCACUGAUUCAAACUCCACUAACUUUUAAAAACUAACUUUUUUUACCCCCCGAUUACUUUUUAAUCUACUAGUAUUUAGUUCAUAUUUUUCACCAAAGACUAACAUUAAAAAAACAACAAAGAUUAGAAACCACAUCCUGUCGACGUCCGUUAUAAUUAAUUAAUGAAUUAAUUUGAGACAAAACCAACUGUGAGUGACUGAAACCAAGUUUGAACAAUAAUAUCCAGUGAAUAAUUAAUGGAAUAAUAGUUUAAAAAUUCAAAUUUCAAAUUCAGAUCCUGAAUUUGAAUAUUAACAAAAUAAGUCGAAACAAUAUUAUUCUGAUGUCACUUCCUUUCCUUCCCUCACGCUCUCUCCACUGACGUCUUUAUUCCAGUUGUUCCCGUUUGGCGUCCGUUGACAAAGAGUCGGUUAAAAUUCGGAGAAAAUACCAGUUCGUGGGCAGCAUCUUUGAAGUGAGUUAGAGUUUUGGUUGUGACAAAGUAAAAAAGUCUCUACCUCAAGAUGAGAAGAUGAGAGUGUCACCGACAGAGCAGAGACCGGGGUUCGAUGCACUGAAAACCAACAAAAAGCCUUUUUUAACAAGAAGCACAGAAAGAAAAAAAAAAAAAACAACCCCAUAAUUCAACCAAAAGACUGCGGAGAUGUCACGACCAACCGGCCUUGGAACUUUUCAAACAUUUGAAUUAAAAGACACAACCUUUUUAUAGUUAACGAUGGUUUUAAAACAGAUUGGAGUGAAGAGAGUUUCUGCUGAUCCCAGAUCAGAUCAGCCUGGAGUUUCACGUGUUCAAGAGACAGGGUUUUUUUUACAGUAAAACUUGAUUCAUGGCACAAAGAAAAAAGAAAAAUCCAAACCCUCAGCGGUGUUUGUUUGAACACGGCGCUGACUUUCACUGACUGCUGUCUGUUGAUUCUUCAAUAUCAGGUGAGAAAUUCCAGCAUUUAGACAUAAGCCAUAAGACAAACAGGCUUAGACGUCGCCUCCUGAGCAGUAGCUGCAAUAUAACAUCAUAUGUAAAACUAAAAAACCCCACAAGGUUACUCCAGCAGGGGGCACCAACAGCACUGACUUUCAGGUCAAACGUUGGCUAUAAAAAUAAUAUAUAUAUAAACAGAAAAAAAUAUAACAACAAGAAGUGAAGGAAAACUAAUUACUGCAAUACUAAAAAAAAUACAUGUACACGUACAUUAACGCACACACGUUUUCGUGAGCACAUGAACAUAAUGCACUCCCUGGACUCGAACCCUAACUAAUACACACACACACACACACAUAUAUAAAUAUUCCCUUAACUCUAAUCUGACGCUAAUCCUAAUCCUAACUUCAAACUAAAUCCUGAACCUGAGAAAAAAACGUCCCCACGACGAUAGCAUUUUUUUCACUAAAUGAAAACGUACCCUCAUGUAAAGCUCUACCACACACACACACACACACACACACACACACAGUGCUUUGUAAAUACUGCAUGUGUAACCAGACUAAAGUUGAAUGUUUUUAAUGUAAAGUUCAGUCGAUGUAUUGUGUAAAAAAAAAAGAAAAUUAAAUUUCUCACGACCUAGAAUAUAUUCACACCCUAUAUAUAUAUAUAUAUAAAUAUAUCUGUUAUAAAUAUACAGCAUAUACAGCAUAUACACACUAAUACUCACUAACAUCAUGAACUCACUCAGCUCAGCCUCAAGUAUCUGAUAAUACUGCCAUGUUGUUGCCAGUACUCACUCUCACAGUAUUUAAAUGAAGUAUUUAAAUAUGUAACACUUUAACCACAGCAUGUCGUGAACAGACGGCUUCUCUCACCCUCGACGUGUGUGUGUGUGUGUGUGUGUGUGUGUGUGUGAAGAAAACACCACUGUCCUUCCUGAGCUUCUCCAUCUGUGGCUGCUUUAACUGUGUUGUAACCAGUGCUAGGCUCAUGAGCUGGACCCCGCCCCCCAUCUUUUUCAACACGUAGCGCUGUUGUUCAAGGUCACAGAGUACAGGUGGCGCUGUUGAUGGGAAAAUGACAUCAUAAAAUGAGCUCAAACAAAGUCUGGUUUAACCUGGUGAUCUCAUAAGCUUCAUGUUGCGUUACACUUGUUACAACAAUUUCACUCUGUGACACGAACAACAGCUCUUUGUUGAGAAAAAUCAUCUCUUUCUAAAAUUAGACUUUUUGUUUUUUCAUCCUGAAUAUUUGUACAGCCUUUGACUGAAGAGUGUGACAUCACAGGAAGAGGAGGUGUGGCCUAAAGAAUCAGAGUGUGCUUUGAUGGUUCUGUGUCGUGGUGAAAACUGAUGAAAACAACCUGGACCACAGUGUCACCGAUGUGUGUAUGUGUGUGUGUGUGUGUGUUGCAAUAUGUACAAAGCUUCUCUUCUUCUAAUGUCUGAUCCAAGGCUGUGGUUCUGGUGGUUCUGGUGGUUCUGGUGGUUCUGGUGGUUCUGGAGCUGUCACUUCAGACGGGUCCAGGUGUGGAUAUCAAACGCACCUCUUCACUCCUUCAGCCUGACACUGUCUCUGCCUCCAUCCUUCGUCUACACCUCUGCUCUCGUGGCUCUUGUGUGGAGUGUGACAUCAUUUCCUCUUAGUGCUCUGUUUUUGCACAAAACCUCACACGGAUGUUUUGUAAAGAAAGUAUUUUUUUCUUUAUUCCACAUGUAAACAAAUACUAAGAAUAAAAGAAGAAGAAUUAUCA